AUGUCCGACUCCGAGGACGACUUCAUGUCGGACAAGUUCCUCGUCGAUGCGCCCUCAGCGUCCGAACAGACCUACAGUGCGCGCCGGGCAGCAGCCCAGCGCAAGUCGGCCGCCAAAGUCGCAGCUCAUACAGCCCAACAGCGGCCUCUCCGAGAGAUCGAGGCUGAGAGGCGAAAAGCCGGACUGGCACGGAACCUGCUCGCUGAUUCAGACGAUGAAGACGAGGACGAAGGCGAAGGGAGGGGGAAACUGGCAGCCAAGCCGAAACGAACGGAAGGACAGUCAAAGGCCAUGGGCCUCAUGAAGGCGAUGGGGUGGACGCCGGGCGAGGCGCUCGGCCGGCGCCGGAGCGCCUCCCCGCCAUCAAAGUCGAGGGCGACUGAACCCUCCGACCCUACCAAUGCCUCGUCGUCUAGCUCGGGCCAUGCGGGAAUCGGGGCUAGAGGGAGAGAGAGGGCCGAGCCGAUCCGGAUCUCGAUGUGGGCUGGCCGGCGGGGUCUGGCGGCGCGCACGCCGAGCCCACCACCGCUGCACAAGAAGGAGAGCAAUCUGGAAUCCCUCGCUGCGGACGUGGAGAGGUUCCGCGGCCGCAGAGGUGCAGAGGAGGAACAGAGAGCGAACGAGCGGAAAGCGCACAAGGCGCGCGAACUGCUCGUCGAGUUUGACACGGAGAAGGGCGUAGUCUUCCACCCCCUGCACGCCGACCCGCUGAACCCCGGCGCGCUCCCGACCCCGCUCCGCGCGAGGUUGUGGCCAGACGCCACCCCGCCCCCGUCCCCCCCUCUCGACCCGGCCACUACGCGGGCAGAUCCGACCGCCGAGCCGCUCAAGUUCCGCAAUGAAGCAGAGAGGGUGCGCGCCCAGAUGAGGCGGGACAUGCUCACGACCCUUGGUCCUAAUGCCGAUGAUGAGGACAUUCGGUUCAGUAUCUCCGUUCCGGAGAGGGAUGAGGAGAAGGAAGCCUUGAAGCAGGAAGCCGCGGAUGAGAAAGCGAUGGACUGGGACGAGGUGGUCUCGGGCACGAAGCGCGUGCUCGCCAUGAACGCGGCCGACAAUCUCGCGUUCCUCGUCAGCCAGCUCCGGAACGAGCAUCUGUUCUGUUUCUGGUGUGCCUCGAAAUACGCCUCUUUUGAGGAGAUGGAUGCGCCGGGAGGGUGUCCGGGCGAGGAGGAGGAUGACCACUAG